AUGGACGUUACCAGCGGAAUGAGGCCCAUUUUCGGUGGAUAUCCGUUUCAAGGACAGGGACGUAUGAAUCAAUUGGGAGGCGUUUUCAUCAACGGCCGACCUCUUCCGAAUCACAUACGGCUGAAAAUCGUCGAAAUGGCAGCGGCUGGUGUUCGUCCCUGCGUGAUCUCGCGGCAGCUUCGCGUUUCUCACGGAUGCGUUUCGAAAAUUUUGAAUCGGUACCAGGAGACCGGUUCCAUAAGACCGGGAGUGAUUGGUGGCAGUAAGCCGAGGGUAGCCACCCCUGAGAUCGAGGCGAGGAUAGAGGAGAUGAAAAGGGACAAUCCUGGAAUUUUCUCAUGGGAAAUAAGGGAAAAACUGGUGAAGGAAGGUUUCACGGAUCCUCCAAGUGUCAGUUCCAUCAGCAGAUUACUUCGUGGUGGACGACCUGGUGACGAUGGAAAAAAAGAUUACACCAUCGAUGGAAUAUUAGGCGGGGGCCGGUGUGGCGAUGAAUCCGAUACCGAAAGCGAGCCGGGUAUUCCUUUGAAACGAAAACAACGCAGAAGCAGGACAACGUUUACAGGAGAGCAACUGGAGCAACUGGAGACAGCGUUUCAACGUGCUCAGUAUCCGGACGUCUACGCCAGGGAAGAAUUGGCCCAGAGGACAGGUCUCACGGAAGCAAGGAUCCAAGUAUGGUUCAGCAAUCGCAGAGCACGAUUGCGAAAACACGCUGGAAGCAUAGCUCACUCGGUGGCGAGCCUACCUCUAACACCCUGCCAAUACGCCGCCAGUCACGAGCUCGCUCAAUUACCUCAGGUACCUCAAAUACCGUCUGGAAUAGCGCAAAUACCGACCACGUUGCACCACAGCCCGACCACGUUGCAACAAACGAGCGGCGGUGUUCACCAAGUGCCAGGAAGCAACGCGCAGAUGUCGGCCACGACCUCAGCCGCCCAGGUGCCCUCCACGAUCAGUAGCGCUCUUCAAGGGCACGCGGUGUCAAUCUCCGGCCACCUGAGCUCGUUGCAGGGACACGCGAUGCAGCUUGGACAGGUACCAACGAUUCAACCUCCUGCCGCUCACGGGGCACCCACGACCCUUUCUCACAAUCCAGGGAACACCGAUUGGUCCAGGGCGCAACUCGGUUGGGGACAGUUCAAUCACUUCCAAGGUGAAUACACGUCGAGUCAUUCGAGUCAUCAGCAUUCCUCGCACGCGAGUCAUGCUGGUACACCGUCUUCUGGUACCGGGAAUUCUGCAUCGGCGGCGGAAUGGUACGAUCAGGGCUACGAUUAUUCCCAACACGCUCAGCUCAACUAUCAUCGAAGCGUGGGCGGCAUAUUUUAA